AGGUCUCAUGUGACCGAAGUGCAGUGCAUAAUGGCGGCUGCAAUUGUCAUUGUUUUGGCUGCGGCUGUUGUACUUUUUACGGCGUGGCUAUUCAAAACAGAGUUGGCAAAGAAAAAGGUUAACAAUAUUCCAGGGCCAGUGGCUGUACCAAUUUUAGGCAAUGCUCAUCAGUUGAGAAAUACAAGCAGAGAAUUCACAGAUCAACUAUUUAAGUUCAUCGAUGAGUAUGCUGAGUAUGGAGUAUUUCGACUGAUGCUCGGAACAAAACUCACUGUUGCUCUGUAUAAACCUGAAUAUGUGGAGGUGAUUCUCCAGAGUAGUAAACAUUUAGACAAAGCAGAAGAGUACAAGUUUCUACAUCCCUGGCUUGGAACAGGUCUCCUUACCAGCACUGGAAGUAAAUGGAAGUCUCGCCGGAGAAUGUUAACUCCGACAUUUCAUUUCAAGAUUUUGAAUGACUUUGUGGGCGUUUUCCAUGACCAAGCCUCCAUAAUGGUCAAAAAGCUCUCACAAGUGGCAGAUGGGAAAGAAUUUGACAUCUUCAACUACAUUACUCUGUGUGCCUUAGAUAUCAUCUGUGAGACUGCGAUGGGGAGAAGUAUUGAGGCCCAAAGUAACAGCAACUCAGACUAUGUCAAGUCUGUCUACAAGAUGACGGAGCUAGUUCUACAGAGACAGCGCACUCCAUGGUAUUGGCCCGACUUUCUGUACAACACCAUUGGUUACGGCAAGGAACAUGACAGAUGUCUUAAGAUCCUCCAUGACUUCACACUGAAGGUGAUUAAAGAGAAAAUGGAUGCUGUGUCUGAUGCUUCCAGCAACAGUAUGGAAGAAAUGCUGAAUCAGCACUCUGACGAGGACGUAUACAGAGGGAAAGGUCAAAGGUUGGCCUUUCUGGACAUGUUGCUGUGUACAGCUGAUGAUGGGAGUCAUCUGUCUAUGGAGGGCAUCAGGGAAGAAGUGGACACUUUUAUGUUUGAGGGACAUGACACAACAGCGGCUGCCAUGAACUGGGCUGUCCAUUUGAUUGGUGCUAACCCAGAUGUCCAGGCCAAAGUUCAUGAAGAAAUGGACCAGAUAUUUGGUGGCAGUGACAGACCGGCUUCAAUGAAUGACCUGAAGGAGAUGAGAUAUCUAGAGUGCUGUAUCAAGGAAGCUUUGAGACUAUUCCCUUCUGUUCCAUUUUUCGGCCGCAAGUUAACAGAAGACUGCAAGUUUGGUGAGUACAGCAUUCCUAAGGACACCACUGUGAUUAUUAUCCCUCCCGGCCUCCAUAGAGACGAGCGAUACUUUCCAGACCCAGAAAAAUUUGACCCAAACCGAUUUCUGCCAGAAAACAGUCUGAAGCGACAUCCUUAUUGCUACAUUCCCUUCUCUGCAGGACCUAGAAAUUGCAUUGGUCAGAAAUUUGCCAUCUUAGAAGAGAAAGUGAUGCUGUCUAACAUCUUUAGAAAUUUCACCGUUACCUCAAAGCAGAGCCGAGAGGAACUGUUUCCCAUUGGAGACCUCAUAAUGAGGCCAGAGCAUGGGAUUAUUGUGGAGCUACGCCCACGUACAACGUAAUGUGACCCUUGACCUCAUAGGUUUUAAGGGUCACAUUUAGACCAUUUCACCUGACAUUGAACGAGAAGCUCAUUUAUCUUUAGCGAUGGGAAAUUCUUAUGGAAAUGUUUUUUUAAAUUACUGUUUAUUAUUGAAAUGAUGUACUUGCCAAUUAUGUACCUGGAAUGUGUUAGUGUGUUUAGUGUGUUUAGUGUGUUAGUCAUUGUGUUUACUUGAUUUUUUAAAGAUUUUUACUGCUGAUCAGGAUCAGUCCUCUACUUGAACUUACUGUGUCCACCAAGAGACUUAACCCUCCCUAUAUCGAUCUAUCUUCUCAAUUUACUUGAUUAUAUAUACCGGUUUUGCAAUUGAAAAUCCAAUACAGACAGUAUUUGAACUGUAAUGAUUAUUUUAAUUUAUACCUUUUUACAUAGUUUCUUGCUAGUAGUAUUAAAUUAUUUUCAGUAAGUUUA